AUGUCAAUAAGAGGACCUCACCGAAAUUACUUUAAAGAGAAGUUUCAGAUCUUUCUAACUACAAAACACCCUUUUCAUACUUUAAAGUAUGAAAAAGAUGCAAUUAAUAAAAAGGCAACUUGCGAUAUAAAGUAUAUUUGGAUAAAGGAUAAAAUUGAUACCAGGAAACAAAAAAAAAGUAAACCAUUUAAUGUUACUUACUCAACAAAUAAAAUUAAAUUGAUUAUAACAGAUAAUGGUUUUGAUAAUAAAGAAGAAGAACCAUGCAGAAAAAGUAAGAAAGCUAAAAGACAAAAUUUAUAUGGAAUAGGUAUUGAAAAUCCAAAAAUUUUAGGAAAUAGUAACGGAAAUAAUUCUAAGAUCACUCGAGAGGGUAAAAAUAAUUUGCAUCAACCUUCACAAAAACCAAUUAAGAGAUAUGAAGAAGCUAAAAAAGAUAUAGAAGAGGUAUUGGAUAUUGAAGAAAUUGAAAAAAACAUUUAUGGAAAAUUUGUGGAGAAUCAUAGUAUACCGUAUUCCAUUAAAAAAUUAACCGAGCUUCCAAAUUCUUUUUGGAACCUGGACAAUAUAAAUACCAAAAAGAAAAAUGGGAAAGAUCUACACAAUUCAGAUUCUCCCCAAACUGCUAUUUCAAAAUUUAUUGGGGAACUUAAUUAUUUACCUCCAGAACCCAUAAAUGAUAUAGAUAUAUUGAAUGACGUUUUAAAUUCGAAACCAAAGGAGAUGUUUUUAAGAGAACUAUACCAAGAUUUAAAAUGUAAGCAGCUUACUUAUAGCAAGAUCAUGAAACCCAAAGAUUUUACAAUCAUAACAAGUUUAAGAAAUGAAAGAUGGUAUGUAAGAAUAUUAGGUGAAUAUUGUCCUGUUCGGAUUAGACGAUAUAAAAUGAGAAAUUAUAAUGAUGCAAAUUAUUUGAUAUACAGAGAGCAGUUAUAUAUUAAGGCGUUUAAAAAACAACAAAAAGUUUGUAUUAGAAAAAUCGCAAGUUGGAAGAAGGAAUUAAAUAAAAUAGUAAAAAAUAAAAAGAUUAAAUUCGAUAAAAAAGUUGAUUCAGAAUUUCAGAAACAUAUUUUCGGAGAAAUUCAUUACGAUGAAGCAGGCUUUAACUUAUGGAAUAAGCAAAGACAACAGAAUAGGAAAAAGGAAAGCACGCUGAAGAAAAAUGAUAUUAAAAGGGGUCUAACAAUUAGAGAACGAUUCCUUCAAACAAUAAAAACAAGCAGGGUUCAAAAUGUCUUUUCUUAUAAAAAGAGCGCUCUUAAGAAAAGACUAAGAUUUACAACGGAUCUAUUUUUCAUUGAAUUUGUCAAUGAGAGCUUAAAUACAAUGUCUCCUAAAAAAAAAUACUAUAGUAAUAUAAAACUUGCCGAAAGGAAACAUAUAACAAGAAAAUGGCUAAAUCAUCAGCAAGAAUAUCAAAUGGUCAAGGAUUUGGUUAAUGAUGCUUGGGAGGAGAGAAUAGAUAAUCUAAUUUUUAAAUAA